AUGGCGUCACUGCUGCGACUAACACACCUUGCCAUCAGUGACGAUGACGAGGAGGAAGAUUACGAUGUGGAAGACCCUGACUUUGCCCCACCCACCCACAAUCUGGACAUUCCAGGCCCAAGUGACAUGGGCCCCUCUGCCAAGAGGAGGUGCAUGCAGCCUGCAGUGCUCCAGGUCGAUGACGACGAUGACGACGACGACGACGACGACGAUGGUAACAACGAGCAGCCAGCACUACAAGCCAAGAGGCCCACCAAACCCAGGAAGUCAGCAGCAAGGCCAACCACCUGGCACAAAGCUGACCUGGAAAACACAGAACUGCCGGAAUACCAGCACUCUCCCCCUGACUACAUUGAAACCCCUUUUCAGUACUUCACAAGGUACUUUGGCCCCGAAAUUGUCACUCAUAUCACCUACCAAACUAAUUUUACGGACAUUAACACCACUUUCACCACCAAUGAGAAUGAGAUAAUGACAUUUCUGUCCAUCCUGAUGUAUAUGGGGAUUUCAGAGCUCCCAGCUGUUGAAGAUUACUGGGCCAUGGAGACCAGAGUCCCUCAAGUUGCCAACCUGAUGUCCUCAAAGAGGUUCAGGCUGCUGAAAAGGGUUGUCCAUUUCAAUGACAACACUGAGCUCCCUGGUUCCAUUGACCGCUUCUUCAAAAUCCGGCCACUGUUCAUCUUCCUCAAUUCUGCCUUCAGGCGUGAGCCGCAGACCCCCAAACAGUCUGUGGAUGAGGUGAUGGUUGCCUACAAAGGGAAGACAGCUGGCAACCUGAGGCAGUAUAUAAAGACCAAGCCAGACAAGUGGGGUUUUAAAUUGUUUUCCAGGGCCUCUGUGGAUGGCUUCAUCCACGACAUGGUGCUGUACCAGGGGAAGACUACUCUGGAGGCCCACAGUGUCCCCCUGACACCUGAACAACAAGCCAUGGGUGCCACCAGCCAGAUUGUCUCUGUCUUGGCAAGUACCAUGUCCUCCCCCAGCACCACAGCCAUCUUUGCGGAUAACUUUUUCACCAGCCUGGAGCUAGUGCGGUACCUCCGAGACCAGAACUGCAGGUAUACAGGGACAGCCAGGGACAAUAGAAUUGGAAAGCCCCCGCUUAAGUCCAUCAAGGAAAUGGAGAAAAAGGCUGUCUCUCGUGGAACAUGUGACUACAUCAUGAGUGAUGAUGGGAUCCUGGCUGUCAGGUGGAAGGACAACAGAAUGGUAUCUCUGCUGUCAACAGACAUGGGGGUGGAGCCUAUGUCCUCAGUCAUCAGGUACUGCAGUGAGACGAAGACGAAGGAGCCGGUGAGCUGUCCAGCUGUUAUCCGGACCUACAAUGCCAACAUGGGGGGCAUUGACAAGAGUGACAUGUUGGUCCACCUCUACCGCACCCCCAUGAAGUCCAAGAGGUGGUACAUGCGUAUGUUUGCAUACGCCAUUGAUGUCAGCCUCACAAAUGCCUGGAUCAUGUACAGGCGGGACUGCAAGGCCCUUGGUGUGAAUGGCGUGCCUCUGAAAAGCUUCAGAAUUUAG